AUGGCGAACAUCCAAACCCCUUCGAGUUAUCUUGCCAACGCGCGCAUCGCCCCAGAAAUCUUGCAACUCCGGCCUGAUUAUCGCGCGCUACUCAUGGUGGUCACGAACAUACCACCAGGCCCUUCCGACUCAGCAAGUGAAGCUUUCCUCUCUUCGGCAGAAGCAUCGGCCAAGGAGGCACUGGCAAAGACUCCGGUCAACGACAUUGCGCAUGUCGCGCAAUGGAAGGAAGCCUACAAAGCCUUCGGCGCAAAGCCCAAGAAGACUAUGAACAGUCUCGAAGCACUGUUACGUCGUGUUGAUGCGGGCCUACCGCGUGUGAAUCGCUUAACGGACAUCUACAACGCGAUUUCCAUAAAACAUCAACUCCCUCUUGGAGGCGAGGAUCUCGACAAAUACCAGGGAAGCCCUUUCCUGAUACGCGCAAAAGGCGACGAGAAAUUCGACACAAAAUCUGGCGGCGAAGUCGUCAUUGAGAACCCGAGUCCCGGAGAGGCCGUCUGGUGCGACGAUGGUGGUGUAACGUGCAGACGUUGGAAUUGGAGGCAAUGCUCGAGGACUGCAUUGAGCGACGGCACAUCGAAUGUACUCUUCAUUCUGGAUGCGUUGGAAGCCAUCGAUGAUGCGAAACUGAAUGCUGCGGCGGACGAGUUAAGUCAAGAACUGCAGAAGCUGUCCGCAGAUGUAAAAGUCGAACGACGUCUCUUGACAUCGUGA